AUGGACCGCACCACCUGGCUCGAUGGCCUCCGGGGCAUCGCAGCCGCCAUUGUCGCAACAGAUCACUACUUCAUGGGCGGCGUCCUCGAUAAUGCCUUUCUAUCCUACUGGGCAGAACCGCCCGAGCAGAAUCGGCGGCUAUACCAACUGCCACCGAUCCGCCUCCUUUUCGCCGCACACGCGAUGGUACCACUCUUCCUGGUGAUCUCGGGAUAUGCCAUCUCCAUCAACCUGCUGAAACUGCGAAAUGGCAACCCGGCCGACUUUGUGCGUCGAUUGUCUUCCGCGGUCACCCGCCGCAUCUUUCGCAUCUACCUACCCGUCUUUGUUGUGACGGUUAUUUCGCAGGUCCUGCUCUUUUGCAAUCUUUACCAUUGGAACUUUGGCGAUGAUGCGCUGUGGGGGCGAAGACCCUGGACUGCGCCGUGGUUGCAUAUCACCUUCGUCUUUCGCUAUAUGCUCGACAUCAUGAAUAUCAUCAACCUCCAAGGAAACCCAGGUCUAAAUGGCCAGCUCUGGACUAUGCCGCUGGAAUUCCGCGGGUCCUGCAUCGUUUAUAUUGCAGUUCUAGGGCUGGCCUUCUGGAGACCGCAGCUUAGACGCAUUGCGCUGGCAGCACUGACUGCGUAUUGGUUCUACUUUGGACAAUGGGACAUCUUCGGCUUUUUGUGCGGUCUCUAUCUCGCCGAGAUGCGAAUAUUGGCCGCAGGGUCGACGGACGAAGAGCCUAAUCUGCCUUUGCAUACCAAGGCCAUCUGGUCACCGGAUCUCAAUUUCCGAGGCAUCGACUUUGCCACGAUCCGAACGAUCUUCUGCUUCACCUUCGGCUUCUGGCUCAUCUGCCUAAGCGACGACGGCUUCCUACCACCAGGUUACCAAUUUCUCAAGUUUUUUGAAUCCUCCCGGUGGGAGAGUGACUGGGCAAUCAUCAGCAAAAUCUGGAAAACUGUUGGUUCGCUGCUGGUUGUCUACGCCAUUAGCAAAUCACCAAUGCUCCAACGCCCAUUGGAUACCCGCCCCAUCCAAUACCUGGGAAAAGUGUCGUUCUCGCUUUACCUGAUCCACCAGACUGUUUACCAUCUUGUGCGAGAUCCUGUCCGGGACUUCCUUUGGUAUGUGGCUACCAGGGAGCCAUACCCGGGUACUCUGGAGGCAAGCGAAUUUACAGUGCCCUUUGCCUUCUCGUGGCUUGUGGGAUUUGCCAUUUUGGCUGUCACUAAUAUCUACGUCGCGAAUCUGUAUACGAAAUAUGUUGAUGAGCGAUGCGUGCAGUUUGCGAAGAAGCUUGACAGGUGGAUUACACGGUAG